GCGCAGACCAACAACCCGCUGUCGCGGAAGCUGCGUAAGAUUCUGGACACGCGGCUGGACAACGACAAGGAAAUGUUGGAAGCUCUCAAAGCACUUUCAACCUUUUUCGUUGAAAAUAGUUUGCGGACUCGAAGAAAUUUACGUGGAGAUAUUGAACGCAGAAGUUUAUCCAUCAAUGAAGAGUUUGUAAGCAUUUUCAAGGAAGUAAAGGAAGAGCUUGAAAGCAUAAAUGAAGAUGUUCAAGCAAUGAGCAACUGUUGUCAAGACAUGACAAGUCGCCUCCAGGCUGCAAAGGAGCAGACUCAAGAUUUAAUAGUAAAAACCACUAAGCUUCAAGCUGAAAGUCAAAGAUUAGAAAUAAGAGCACAAGUUGCAGAUGCCUUCUUAUCCAAAUUCCAGCUGACUGCUGAUGAAAUGAGUCUUCUCCGAGGUACAAGAGAAGGACCUAUUACGGAGGAUUUUUUCAAGGCACUAGGAAGAGUAAAACAGAUUCAUAAUGAUGUCAAAGUUCUCUUGCGUACAAACCAACAAACAGCAGGUUUAGAAAUUAUGGAACAGAUGGCCUUGCUUCAAGAAACGGCUUAUGAAAGGCUUUACCGAUGGGCUCAAAGUGAAUGCAGGACAUUGACACAAGAAUCAUGUGACAUAUCUCCAGUACUAACUCAGGCAAUGGAAGCCCUGCAGGAUAGACCUGUCUUGUACAAGUAUACUUUAGAUGAGUUUGGAACAGCCAGAAGAAGUACAGUUGUUCGUGGAUUUAUUGAUGCUCUUACAAGAGGGGGCCCAGGAGGUACACCUAGACCCAUUGAAAUGCACUCCCAUGACCCUUUGAGAAUUGUAGGUGUUGAGGAGAAUAUUCAGGAAGUUGUUGGACAUAUCACUGAGGGUGUGUGCAGACCUCUAAAGGUUCGAAUUGAACAAGUAAUAGUUGCUGAACCUGGAGCAGUUUUAUUAUACAAAAUUUCUAACCUCCUUAAAUUUUACCACCAUACAAUCAGUGGCAUUGUUGGAAAUAGUGCAACUACGUUACUGACUACCAUUGAAGAAAUGCAUUUGCUGAGCAAAAAAAUAUUCUUCAAUAGCUUGAGUCUUCAUGCAAGUAAAUUAAUGGACAAGGUUGAACUCCCGCCACCUGAUCUUGGACCAAGUUCUGCAUUAAAUCAGACACUCAUGCUGUUGCGUGAAGUGUUGGCAUCUCAUGACUCUUCGGUCGUACCGCUAGAUGCCCGUCAGGCUGACUUCGUGCAGGUUUUAUCAUGUGUCCUGGAUCCUCUCCUCCAGAUGUGUACUGUGUCAGCCAGCAAUUUAGGCACAGCUGACAUGGCCACGUUCAUGGUCAAUUCACUGUAUAUGAUGAAGACCACUUUAGCCCUGUUUGAAUUCACUGACAGACGUCUGGAAAUGCUACAGUUUCAGAUUGAAGCACAUUUGGACACGCUUAUAAAUGAGCAAGCCUCUUACGUUUUAACUAGAGCAGGCCUGAGUUACAUCUAUAACACUGUGCAGCAGCACAAACCUGAACAGGGCUCCUUAGCUAAUUUGCCCAACCUGGAUUCUGUGGCACUGAAGGCUGCAAUGGUUCAGUUUGAUCGCUAUCUGUCAGCCCCAGACAACCUGUUAAUGCCACAGCUGAACUUUCUCCUAAGUGCCACAGUGAAAGAGCAGAUCACAAAGCGGUCUACCGAGCUCGUCUGCAGGGCCUACGGUGACGUGUACGCGGCCGUAGUGAACCCGGCCAGCGGUUACAGGGAUCCAGAGAGCAUUCUGCACCGAUCACCGCAGCAAGUGCAGGCACUUCUCUCCUGAUUCUUUUCUUUGACUGUGGUAGCAAAACACCACAUUCCUAAAACACUGAAGGUUUUCUUGGUUUUUAGUCUGUUAAUCUUUACUUUUGAAAUUUUCUUUGUGACAGAAGAACGUAGGUGCCAAUAAUUGCUUUGCUUUGGUCACGAUAACAUGGAAUACGUAACAGGUGUUGAUCUGAGUCAGCCUUGCUCAGUAUCUGCGCUCCACGUGGAGAUGCUCUGCUCUCUACAAACGGUCUCUUCAGCUCUGCAGGUUCCCCUCAAUUCUGGAAUAUAAAUAUAUGGAAAAACAGUAGCAUCAGAUUUUUUUUUUACAAGAUUAGCUCCAAAUUAACUGUACAUUAAAAAAUUAUCUAAACUUAAAAAUUAGUUUGAGGAUAUGACCUAAUAAAUGUCUCUAUACCUAAAGAUUUAUUUGCUUUUUUGUUAGUUAUUGUAAGUAGGUAUACUUAAAAUGAGGAGCAGAAAUACACAUUCAGUAAAAAUAGGAAAAGAGAGACGUAAUGUAGAGGUGGAUUCUACUCUGUAUGGCAUGAACUGAAUUCACAGUCAGGUUCAACACUUCAGAUGGGGGUUAGAUGUGUAGGCAUCCUGUGCUGCAUGGAAGUCUAGUGUUUAAAGAAAGGUAUGUGUUAUACAACGUGGACUCCAAAUGCACCAUUUACAAAAUGGUGUUCCGACCAAGAAAUAAUGAUCUGCUUCAACAGUGGAGGAAAAAUGCCAGAGUAGCAAUUGCUCAUUGAUGGUACGUCUAGCCCUGUGGUGGCCCCUUGCAAAGAAUUAUUUGACUCUGACUUUAGAACUUUACCAAGCGUAAGAUUCAAAGUCAUUGUUUUUUU